CGUGCCCGCCCGCCCGACGUGUGAAGGCGCGCCCCCGAGGUGGCUCAGUCCAGGUGAAUGGGGAGUGAGUGAGAGGGGGUUACGGAUCUGUGUGCAUUACUGCACAGGGAGACAUGGAGAAAACUUUACAGAGCACGGCAAACUGGGCACCGAUCUUCAUGACAGCCGCCCUUCUCUGGGCUUCGGGGGCACACGCACACAAAGUCUAUUACUCCUGUGGCGCUGUAGUGGACGUGAUGGACUCAGAUGAACAGGGCCUCGUCUUAUCCCCGGGUUUUCCCAACAGCUACUACCCGGGCUUGCACUGCGUGUGGCAGUUCUUUGUGCCAGCUGGGUACAGACUGGUAAUGGAUGUAUUUGACUUUGAUGUGUUUGAGACCUCGAGUGAAGACGGCUCUUCACCUGGUUUCAGAGAGAGCCUGGCAGACCCCACCGAUGAGAGCAGCACGCCCGACCCGGAUUAUGAGGCAGCACCUGAACGGCUUUCCAACCAGACUGCAGGUUCCCCCUCAAAGACUGCUAAAGGUUACUAUGGAGGGUAUCCCAGGACGACGUCCAAAAAGGAUGACCCAAAGCAAGUGCUGGUCCAAGAGCAGUCCUCCAGAACGGAAGCGGCCAAGGUGUCCAACUGGGCCAGGCAGUCGUCGGAGUUUCUGCCGAGUGACGAGUCUCAGGCGAAGGAGAACAGCAGCCCCGGCGUGAGCGGGGACAACCGCAUCUCCACGCACUCUUACAGGGGAGACGAUGACGACUACGAUCGCCCAGGCAAGAGCACCACCCCUUCUCUGAAGGAGAGCACAGACGCCGUUGCCAGCAGCGCUACUCAGACCCAGCCUCCUCCAAUCGACGCGUGCCCCCAUGAUCUCCUCUACAUCUCAGACCUCAUGACCUUCUCCUCCCGCUUCUGUGGGGCCAACAAGCCCAGUGGCCGGAAGCUGGUGUUCGGCUCCUCGGUGGAGCUGGUGGAGGUGAUCGUGGAGCUCAUCACCACCACGGGCCGGGGCCGGGGCUUUGCGCUGCUCUUCCAGUACCGCAACGAGACGGACAUGGGCUCCGACCGCUCCCUGGAGCCCGGGAACCACCAGGCCGACACGCUCCUCGUUGUUGUGAGCGCCGCCGCCUUCUUCACAGUCGUCCUUGUGGCUGCCCUCUGCGUCCUCUUCAGACAGAAAAUAUGUGAAAAAGGAGCCAACUCCUACUCCCCCAACAACCAAGAGUCGCAGCGUGGCAUCCAGAACUCUGCCGUGGGCAUCAGCGAGCUUCAGCUGGUGGUCCCGAACCGCUCGAGCCUGGAGAUCUCCACUGACAACGAGAACAACAACCACACCCAGAGCCCAACCCGCACAGGGACCUCUCUGAGUGAUGUGUGCCAGCGUGACGAGCAGGAGGUUUCCUCCAGCGGACUCACCGAGUCGGAGUCAGGGACCGACGAGGUGUUCGUUAUCUCUGCAGGACCCGGGCCCAGUGGACUGAGCUUCUCUACCUACAAGCAAAACAAGAACCUGAAGAGUGGCGAGACAAGCCCAGGCACAGUGUGUGACUGGCUGACUCCAGACACUGCCAGCACCCCUCCAUUCCCAGAUCCAAGGGCUGAGAGGGACAGUGGAGCCCCGAGACCCAGGGCCUGGAGCGUCCGCACCUUCCACGACUUCCUGCCGCCUCAGCUGCAGAGGAAGUGGUGCAGCUGGAACUCCACCAGCCCCUUCACAAAACUGGUGGACAACGGUUCUGCCAGGUCAGGGUCAGACUGUGGCAGGGGAAGAGAGCGGAUAGUCCUGUCGGAGGCCCGCUUGGAAGCAGAGACAAAGAGGAAUCACUCGGACUCUUCGAUGAGCAACGCCUCGUACCCCUUGAGCCAGCACUCCCAGAGACAGCGCCGGCUCAACUCAACAAGCAACCUGCAGAGAGCCAGGUUCGGGAGCCCUUGCUUCGGGUUCCGAACGAGCUUACCCGAGUCCACCAAGGGUCCCACCGGCCCCCCAGAACAGCCUUCGAUCGUACCUGUAGAGGUCCCAAAUGGCUCUUCCAGCAGGACCCUCCAGGUGGAUGGUGCAGCAAAGACCAGGGUCCUCCCUGGCGAACCUGAUGGAGUCAUGGUGCCGGUUUUUGUCAUCUCGGAGGAGGACGACCGGCAGCCGUUGGUUCUUGCUGAGCAUUUCGGCCAGUGUGGGGAGUCUCAUCAGAAUGGUGAUGAGCAGGACUUGAACCCAAAAAGGAAGAAGGACCACAAGAGUCUGGCGGCCCAACGCCAUCUCAGUUCGGUCAAUGGGUCUCCUUUCAAGCCCAGCACAACGUCUGACUGGAGCCUUUGGGGGAACCCCAAGAGAAUGGAGCGUGUUGAUCAAUCCAGUGUUUUUGUUUCCUCAGGUAAUCAGAGCAGCCUCUCUCUAACAGAUACCAGUGCAACAGAGUCACCGUAUGUGUACAAUACCCCAACUCAGAAGUCAUGCUCAUUAGUUCCGCCAGCCACAGUAUACUGUGGGGUUAGUGAACAAGUGUGAUGCUUGGAAAGCCCCAGUGUUGAAAAUGCAGGACUGCAGAGGAAGAAAUAUUGGGCUUCUCCUCUUCUGCCAGUUCUUAGUACGUUGCAUCUCUUAGGCUGUCCAAUCAAUCCUUUAUUUAACCAGAUGAGAAAUCAGCUGAUAUUACUGCUUUGGCUUUAUCUUUUCACUUCUGAAACCAACGUUAAAAGGACCCGGCUUUCCUCCAAACACUGUGCCAGGGGUGUGAUGCCCUGGGACAGUAGCAAAGUAGAAAAACACUACACUUUGUGUAUUGUUAGAUUUGUUAAGAUCCAAACCCUGACAGAUUCUGAGAAUUCACGCUGGAAAUACCUUGCCUGUGGCAUAGCUUCCUAUCUGAAGAUAACAUAAGAGAAGAUGUCAGUUUGGUCUACUCGUAGCAUUAGUGUCAAUGCAAUGGGACUCUUAGUCUUUGCUUGAGGUCCACAAUGCUAAGCGAAGCUUACUGAAAUCUGGGAUGACUUGUGGCUGUUGCAGGACUCAGAGGGGCGUUUGUUUGAGAGUGACAUAUAAGAAGCUGAUCUUCCAAGCACGGCAACUUCACAGCAUUUUCAGCUCUCUCAAUCUGAUAUAACGAUCUGAAAAAUAACUAUUUCAAUCACCACACCAGAGAUGCAACAGUUAACUGACAUAGUGAAUCCUCCCUCCUGCUCUAGAAACUGGAAACAUGCAAUUCCAAAAGCAGAUGCUUCGAUUUUAAAAACUUUUUCACAUGCGAUUUCUUGGUAGUCCUGAGUUGGAUCCUAUUAUGGCAUGGUCUGAAAAUCAAAUGAAAAAAAGUUUUGGGUAGAUGCGCUUUCUGAUGUGUUAUCACUUAGCAAGGUGCAGCGGGAGUUUAAACAUUUCCUUUACCUGCUAGUUUGUAUUGCUUCAUGCGACCCACACGCUCGCGUAGAGAGGCACCACUUUCUUGGGUUAUUGCAAUCUGUCUAACCCUGGUUCACCACAUUUGUAGAUGCUGUCUAGUACAUAAAUAAAAGCAUUUUAUUGUC